AUUUUGUCUUUCACAUGGACAAGCUCUCAAAUAUUCGUUUCUUUUCUUCUCACCUUCUCUCUCUCUCUUCGCUGCCAACUUUGAUUCUCUUUAACCGAAAAACAAAACCCCAACUAUUUCUAACAUCUUUCUUUUCAGACAAGUCCCAACCAUAUACUUAACCCCAAAUCUUUGUCGGAAAAUCUUUCCUUUUCAACCCAUACAAAACCAUAUCAUAACAAGCUGAAGCCGACAGAUAGGGGAAAAAAAAAAGAAGAAAACCGCAAGAUCUUAUUGGAAACCCAUUUCAAAACCAAUCCCAAAAACGCUAAUUUGAAGCUUAAAAAAUGGCUAGUUGUCCCCAAAACUCAAUCGUAUACAACGGCAGCCUCUGUGCCUGCCAAAUUGGUCACUUUCUCAAUCUUACAGCCAACAGCUGCACUACCUAUGGCGGAAGUUCAGACAUACAAACUGAUUCUGGGAUUGAUUACUAUGCGGUGUCGAUCCCUGAGACCAUUUUUUCAUUUGAUUCAAUUAAGAAGUUUACUCAGUCUCAAGCUGUGUUCUUGGAAGCUACUCUUGUAAUGUUGCUUUCUUGGCUCGUGUUUUGCUUCUUCUUAAGGUUUACAAAGCUUGGUGAUGGCAGAAAUGUUUGGUUUAAGAUUAGAUGGUGGAUUAGUCGCUUGGAUGUUUGCUUUGCUACCAGGCAUUGGCUGGAUGAUCAGAAGUUGGUUGUGAAACGGAAAACAGAACUUGGUGGAACUUUCUCGAUUGCAAGCUGGAUACUUUUCACUGGGUUGUUUGCUGCGUUGCUUUACCAAAUCAUAGCAAAGAGAACCAUUGAAGUGCAUAAUGUGAAAGCAACAAAUGCACCUGACCUAGCCUUCUUCAGGAAUGACAUGGAAUUUAAUAUGACCACUGUUUCUAGUAUGAGCUGCUCAAACUUGCGACGUCCUACUACCAUACUUACCGGAAGUUCUGGCUUCAUCAUUGGCAAAGUUUUUCCUAUUUCAAAUUUUCUAAAUUUUUCAUGUCACAACACAAGCUUGGGACCAACCAUAACUCUCAAGUGCAGCAAUUGCCAACUCAGUCAAGAUUAUAUGUCCAUUUCAUGGCAGUUUGUUGAUAUUCCAAACAGUCCUGCAAGUGCUGUAGGUUUUCAGUUCAAUGUAACUGCAAAAGAUCAUACUAGGAGAGGCCAUGUGAGUUUUGUUAGUGGAACACUGAAGAAUGGAAGUAAUUUUGAUAACAGCCCAGUUACAUUCAGAGGGGUGGACACAAACAUAUUGAUAUUCAAUUUAUUUCCACGCGUAUAUCGCAGUGCAAAUGAUCUGAGGCUAAUCCAACCUCUCUUUCAUGAAUUUGUCCCGGGGUCAAUUUUGCGCGAGACCUCUCAGCUCCGGGCAUCUCUUGAGAGCACUAAUGAUGGACAAAUCAACACCACAUUAAAUGUUAACUAUCUUUCUUCCUACAUCGUUGAGAUUGAAAAUAAAAAUCUAAUAGGUGCUGUGGGCUUCCUUGCUGAUCUUGGUGGGCUAUAUUGCAUUAGUAUAGGGAUAUUUCUCUAUCUCUUGGUGCAAUGUGAGUACAGAAUAAAAAGUCUCCGCAAUGAAGAUAGCAUUUUACGGAAGAUUAGAAAUAGAAGAAAAGCUCAAGAGCGCUGGGAUAAAUUGAGAAAAUAUGUCAUGUACAAAUGGGGUUGCAGCACAUUGAAUGCUGAUAACCACCCUAAAGAGGAAUCGGGCUGUGGUCGUUUCAUGAUUCCAUUGGCCCAUGGUAAUGGAUCAAUUCGUGGAGGUGGGUCAUCGAGGAAACGAAGGGAGCUAAAUAAUAUGGACAUAAGUUUUAGCAAGCAAGUCAGCUUACCUAGUGAAAAGAAUGCCACUCUAGAAAUGAAACAUACUGGAGAAGUAAAAUCUUGCAUGGCAGGAUCUAUAUCAAGCCCUGAAGGGAGGUUUUAUUCAAGAAGUGAACCUGCCAUCAAACAUGAGAUACCUGGAUCUCCAAAAGACAAGAGAAAACAUUGUGAUGGUUCAAAUGAUGCAAAUGCUGUCCAGCAUCAAGUAUUUACUCUUGGUGAUGAUAUAAUUCCCCCGCCACCACCACUAGAAUUGAAGUCUGGUUCGGAGAUUGAGUUGUCCGAUAUACAGAAGAAUUUUCAACGUUUAUAUGACUACAAUGUCAUGCUCAGAGAUGAGUUUGUAGCCACCCAGUCUUUGCUUCGUGCUUUGGACGCUAAGUCCCCAUCUCCUAGUACAGAAAGGCUAACAUGACAUGCUGAAUUACCCAAUUGAAAGUGCUUCUCCUCUUUGCUGAAAAGUUUAUGCGCCAUUCAUCAGACCUUUUUCCCAUCGAAGUAAAAGGGUGAUUUAGCCGUGAUCCUACAUCUUUUCUUUCCGUGUCUCUUCGGGCUUAGCUUAUCCUACUCAAGACCACUUCCAUGGGGAAAAAUGGACUAGGCGAAGUGAUUGAUUUGGAAAGGACAGCUAGUGGAUCCGACAGAUCCAAGGAAGAGCUCUCUUAAUUGAGUUUGGGGUGACAUUGUUGCAGUAUGUUGCAUUCUUAUGGAGCCUAAUGCCACAGGAGAUGCUCGUUGGAACCAUUAUACUCGGGUUUCAUGUUGUAAGACAUAAACCAAGAGGAAAAAAUGAGAGGUUUGCUCAUCACUUUCAGAAAGGGUUUGAGCUGUAAUGAAUUGUCACUU